AGCGACUCCUUGCGGGCUGGACACACCCGCGACGCGCACUAAAUUUAAAAUCUUUCCGUACAAUAUAGUCUGAGUGAAUGUCGUACUUAUAAAACGAUAAAAUGUUGAUAAGGAGUAAAUUCGCAAUUGUUUGGGUGGGACUUUUAGCGUUUGGGUACGGGAGUGACUUCGACGUAACGAAUGGAUUCUCCUCUAAUGAUGGUGCUUUCUACACCGACGAUGCGGUUAUUUUAAUUGCCCCAGCGAAACGCUUGAAACGUGACGUGUUCAACUCAACCCGUGAUGGAAGACAAUUACUGUUGUUGCAACUCAGACAGGCCGAACGAGGCAAUGGAAGGGGCUGCAUAACGACUCUUGGGAAGAAGGGAUCAUGCAAGACUUUCAACCAAUGCUACCCUUUGCUCAAAGUAUCUGACUUUUCUAAAGGGGACGGGUGGGUUAUGGGUCAUUAUGACAAUUGCAAAUUUAUCAAUGAAGAAAAUAAGGAGGUACACGGAGUAUGCUGUACCGACCCAGUGGAAACACCACCACAGCAGGUGCCUGAUGUGCAGAGGUUCGGGUACCUACAGCCUGCCGUCCCACUACAAUAUUUGCCAGGAUAUGCUGCAUUGACUAGAUGGUCCUACGGCAACGACGGCAACUUCCCGAAGAUUCCUGCACAAUGGCCGCCAACUAUCCCUCCUUUGCCUACCCACCCGCCUGAUCACACCGCGGCUACACAUCCACCUUCUUUAGUUGCAGGUGUAACGAAACCACCAAAUAACUUCCCUACUGCACCUACAACUUGGGCUACUAGGCCUCCCAGCACGACUAAGCAGACGUGGGCCCCAGCAUACCCUACUAAGCCAAGUGUGCCAGCACAGCCUAUACCUUCUCAGCCUGCUGUGGACGGAUCUUGUGGAAUAAAGAACGGAGCUCAGACUUACGACAGCAACUAUCAAGAUGAGGAACGUAUAGUCGGUGGCCAUAAUGCUGACCUGAACGAAUGGCCGUGGAUUGUAGCACUCUUCAAUGCUGGGCGACAGUUCUGUGGCGGUUCCCUCAUAGACGACAGACAUGUGCUUUCCGCAGCUCACUGUGUAGCACAUAUGACCUCCUGGGAUGUGGCUCGUCUUACAGCCAGGCUUGGAGACCACAACAUCCGCACUAACACCGAAACUAAACACAUUGAGAGGAAAAUCAAGAGGGUCGUGAGACAUCGCGGGUUUGAUAUGCGUACUUUGUACAAUGAUGUCGCCGUAUUGACCAUUGACCAGCCUGUGACAUUUAACAAGUAUGUCCGACCCAUUUGUUUGCCGGUUGGCGGUAGAUCUACAUAUCAAGGCAAAAUCGCUACAGUCAUCGGUUGGGGAAGUUUGCGAGAAAGUGGACCUCAGCCUUCGGUUCUGCAAGAGGUGUCGAUUCCAGUUUGGUCUAACCAGGAGUGCAAGUUGAAGUACGGUGGAGCUGCCCCUGGUGGUAUUGUGGACCACAUGCUUUGUGCUGGGAAAGCUAGCAUGGACUCUUGCAGUGGUGACAGCGGUGGUCCUCUGAUGGUGAACGAGAACGGUCGUUGGACGCAAGUUGGUAUCGUGUCGUGGGGCAUCGGAUGCGGUAAAGGCCAGUACCCUGGCGUGUACACACGCGUCACCUACUUCCUGCCUUGGAUUCAGAAGAAUGCCCAAUAAAUUGCGUACAGCCCGAAGUCCUUACUAAUCGCAAAAUAAAACAAAAUGUUUGUCAAUUAUUCCAUGAAUAAUUUUUAAGGACAACUGUUUUGAGAAAAACAAC